AUGGUCCUCGUCGCGACAUUAUUCUCUCUUUUCACGGUCUCUUUAUGCAGGAGCAUACCGCGUUCUAGUCCUUCCUCUUCCCCCUACACACAAGCUACCGACCUAAAAAUCCAUGACCCGACUGUCAUCAACGCUAAUGGCGCCUACUAUGCUUAUGGUGUGGGAGAACACAUCGUUAUUCAUCAAGCACCUGGCCUAGCCGGACCGUGGAAGCAGAUCGGAAGUGUCCUGGACAAGGACAGCAUCAUCCCCAAAGGCGACCGUGCAAAACCCUGGGCACCAACAACUAUCGAAGUUAAGGGUACCUUCUAUUGUUAUUACUCAGUCAGCAACGCCGGCUGUCGCGACAGCGCUAUCGGUGUAGCUACAUCACAAUCACCAGGUCCAGGCGGAUGGACAGAUCACGGGGCUAUUGUCCAAUCGGGCACAGGACAGGGUUCGGACGAGCAUCCAUUCAAUGAAGUAAAUGCCAUUGACCCUGCAGUUCUGGUCACUGGAGAUAAAGGACAUUUGGUUUUCGGCAGUUAUUGGUCUGGAAUAUGGCAGGUCCCAUUGAAUGAGGACUUCAGUUCGGUCGGCAACACCACUGGACUCAAUGCGCAUCAUCUAGCAAAGCAUCCGAAGACUGAGCGAGUAAACUCACAAGAUCAAAACCCCGAUCCUCUCUGCCGGGAUUCAUCCGGUCGCCGUCCGGUUGAGGGUGCUUAUAUCUCUUACCACGCACCGUACUACUAUCUCUGGCUGAGCUGGGGCCAGUGCUGCGAUUAUGACCCCAACAACCUUCCACCAUCAGGUGAAGAAUAUAGUAUCCGCGUCGGACGCUCUGAGAGCCCUCACGGUCCGUUCGUAGACAAACAAGGGAAAGAGCUCACCCAGGGCGGAGGAGAACUCAUCUAUGGCUCAAAUAAUGACGUCUACGCACCGGGAGGACAAGGAGUGAUAACAGUGGAGACUGGAGAUAUUCUUUAUUAUCAUUACUCCUUGUAUAGAUAUUCGACUCACAGCCUUUAUACUUUCGCUAAUCUAGAUUUUAAUCAAGGGUGUACUCUAUUUAUACAAUAA